UGUGCAUUCAGCGGCAUUUGCUGCAGGUUCUGAGUAGAACUACCAGUGGUAUGUGUGCACAUCAACUGGAAAUCCAUUCGGACGCAGGGAGGCGUUCACUCCACUAGUCUGAACCAGAACUAGCUCCACUGGACGGACAGACGGAAAAUAGCUGGCCGAUUGCUAGCAACAGAGCCUCGAACGUCAGGCUAACAAUAACUUAGAAGGAACAACUGGAACGCCACCACGGAUUUCUUGUGGGACAAGCGUACAGGCCUCGCUGCUAAAACGAUGCCUCACAACAGACGGUACUCGUCUUCGGACAGAGACAGUCGAAACAGCUACCAAGACCGUUACAGAGACAGAGAUAGAGAUAGAGACAGAGGACGACGACAUCGACAUCGAAGAUCGCCCACCUAUUCCUCCAGCAGUGACAGAGACCGGGACAGAGACAGAGACAGAAGAGGACGAGGACACAGGCAGGAGGGAAGCUAUGCACGAACAAGGAGCCGUAGUUAUGACAAUCGCUCAACUGAACAUCGACCAUUUGACCGGCGAUACUGCGAAGGAUACAGACGCUUGGACCAGAGCCGAGAUCGCGACAGAGAACGGGAGCCACAUGGAGCAGCCGAAAGUUACUAUCCACGUGACUUCACCCCCACCAUGUAUGACUACAGACGAGGCCGUGAGAGGGAGCGCGAACGGGAUGAGUCUUACCGGCGGAAAGGCAGCAGGCGUAAGCACAAACGAAGGCGGCGUAGAACCAGGUCCUAUAGCCCAUCUUCCUCGCGGAGCGACAGCCGGACGCGGGCACUGAGUGUGAGGGACGACGAGGAAGGGCACCUGAUCUGUCGGAGUGGGGACGUCCUGCAAGAGAGAUAUGAGAUUGUCAGCACUCUGGGCGAAGGCACCUUUGGGAGGGUGAUGCAGUGCGUUGACCAUCGCAGGGCAGGGUCCCACGUGGCUCUGAAAAUUAUCAAGAAUGUGGAAAAAUACAAGGAAGCUGCUCGCCUCGAGAUCAAUGUACUCGAGAAGAUCAAUGAAAAGGACCCUGAUAACAAAUUCUUGUGUGUACAGAUGUAUGAUUGGUUUGACUACCACGGCCACAUGUGUAUUUCAUUUGAGCUCCUGGCUCUUAGCACCUUUGACUUUCUGAAAGAGAACAACUAUCUGCCCUACUCCAUUGGUCAGGUCAGACACAUGGCCUACCAAAUCUGCCUGGCUGUGAAGUUUCUCCAUGACAGUAAGCUGACACACACAGACCUAAAACCAGAGAACAUUCUGUUUGUCAACUCCGACUUCACAAUGUCCUACAAUGUAGAAAAGAAGCGAGAAGAGCGGACAGUUAAAAGCACAGGCGUGCGCGUGGUGGACUUCGGCAGUGCCACAUUCGACCAUGAGCAUCAUAGCACCAUUGUGUCCACGCGGCAUUACCGGGCACCUGAGGUCAUACUGGAGCUGGGCUGGAGCCAUCCCUGUGAUGUCUGGAGCAUUGGCUGUAUCCUGUUUGAGUACUACCUGGGCUUUACCUUGUUUCAGACUCAUGACAACAGGGAACAUUUAGCCAUGAUGGAGAGAAUCCUGGGACCAGUUCCUUCUAGGAUGAUUCGCAAAACAAGGAAGCAGAAGUAUUUCUAUCGUGGCCGUCUGGACUGGGAUGAGAGUUCCUCAGCAGGGAAAUAUGUCAGAGAAAACUGCAAACCUCUGAGGCGGUACCUGCUGUCUGAGUCUGAGGAGCACCACCAGCUGUUUGACCUCAUUGAGAGCAUGUUGGAAUAUGAGCCCACCAAGAGGCUGGCGUUAGCUGACUCCCUCAAACACCCUUUCUUUGCAAAUGCAGGGAUUGGUGAGGCAGCAGGUAGCAAGAACUGGGAGGGCAACCGGGACAUCAGUCGGUGACCCAUGGGCUUCUAAAGACUAAAUGACAGACGUUAAGUCUUUUAUACGUGGAGCAGGUGAACUGUUGAGAGAACUGGAGCUUUGGAUUAUUUUUUUCCCCUCCGUCGUUCUGUCAUUUACGCAUGGACUCCUUCUUCCACCCUGCUCCUUUAAGGUCAGCCUCUGCAGCCACAUCAGGCAUGUUUUUGCAGAGGAGAGACUAAUAUAAUCUUUAAUUGACUGAAAAGAGUCAAACCAGCCUCAGCCCUCCUUUCUGGUGAUCCCUGCUGCAACAGAGGAGAAAAAUCUGUAACAGGAUUGUCUGUACCAAAAGUAGCCCUCUAUGCAGCUCCUGUCUUCCUUUUGACUUCUGAACCAACUUUCCCUUGCUGUCCGUCGGGCAAUUUUUUUUAUCAGCAUGUAAGGAAAAAUAAGUCACAUUUUAAAUUAAUUAAGCACUACUGUAGUAAAUCAGAAGCUCCAUUUUGGAGGACAAAUUCUGAAGUUUAAGGAAAGGCUGAAAGGAGAUAGAGCUGUGUACUCAUCAAGUCCUCAUUCUCAUCAUCCUAAAUCGUGGAAGAACAUGUCAUCAGCAAAUACUUCGAAUCUUUUUUUUUAUUUUUUUUUAAUUGUUAUGCCAACUGUCAAAUCCGUGACAUGUAGUAUAUUUCCUUUAUUACAUGGCAGAUACAAGAGGGCAUAUGUGUUUGGGGAGGGCAGAUGAAAGAAAUAUUAAAUGAAAUGUCCAAAGUUACAGAAAUGCAAAUUGCAAGUAUCUCCAGCAGAGACAAAUGUCUCAAAUUUUUGUUUACAUUUUUGUUCGGUGAGCACUUGCAUUGCGUGUUAUUUUCCAUGUUUAAUUUUUUAUGUACAAUAGGACUAUCCCUUAUAUGGAGGCUGUUUCCUGUAUUAGCCGGUUGCUAGGUCUGUUACUGUUCACCAAUAAGAUGUUUAUGAUAAUGGACACUCCACACACGGGCCUCGGCAGCCUGUCUUAUUGAUUGAUAUAUCUGUUAUGUUAUGCAAUACUUUCUGGGUGUGAGUGUGUGUAUGUAGGGGUUUGGAUUGUGUGGGUGACAUGUUAAUGUUUUGCUAUGUGACUUAAUAGUUCUUCAGCAUCAGUCAUGAAAACACAGCGAUACUUUCAGACAUAAACAUAAACUGCCUUUUUCCAUGUGUGAUAUGGUCUGACCUGUGGUCUGUCCAUUGACGUUAAGCACACAGCUCCUGGUCGUAGCCAACGAGCCACAUACACCUCCUGUUGACGGUAUUUAUUUUUAGUUUUAGCCCCCACCCUCCCACAUGUACAUGAUUUGUUUUUUUUUUGUAUGAAAUGAAAACGUAUAAAACUGUAUAUAUGUAUGAUUGUGUAGAAUUAAAGUUAAGUCCUCCUUGCCAAAGUCG